AUGGCUGAAGCUUUCGAGCUCUGGGACGUCAUCUGUGAUGGACCCUUCGUUCCCACAAAAACCAGUGGCGACCCUGUUGUAAACAUUCCCAAAACAAGAAAAGAUUUCAAUGACGCCAACCGAAAAGCCAUAGAAAAGAAUUUUCGUGCAAAGAAAAUUCUCGUUUGUGGUAUUGAUCCUGAUGAAUACAACAAGAUAUCGGCAUGCCAGUCAGCCAAAGAAAUCUGGGAAGCUCUCCAGAUAGCUCAUGAAGGAACAACACAGGUCAAGCAAUCCAAAAUCGACAUGCUCACAACUGAAUACGAGCUCUUCAGGAUGAAGGAAGAUGAAUCCAUCCAAGACAUGCAUACUCAUUUCACAUCUAUCAUCAAUGAGCUUCACUCUCUUGGAGAAAUUAUUCCAAGAAACAAACUUGUCAGGAAAAUACUUAGUGUACUGCCCAGUUCCUGGGAAAGCAAAGUGAACGCUAUCACAGAGGCAAAGGACUUGCAGAAGCAGACCAUUGAUGAACUUAUUAGCAAUCUGAAAACAAAUGGAGGCAUUCCAAAAAGGGACAGUUCUAGCAAGACAAAAUAUUAUGACCUAUGUCAUAAAUGUGGCAAGCCAGGACACUUCAUCAAGGACUGUCCCCUCCUAAAGCAAGAUCAAUUCAAGCACAACACAGACAAAGCAGCCAAGAGGAACCCUGUUCCUGAUAAACGCUUCAAGAGAAAGAAUGUCGCUGACAGUGUUGUGAAGCAAGCUCUUGCUGCAUGGGGAGACUCCUCCAGUGAAUCUGAAGAAGAUAAUGAUCAUGGUGAUAGCUCAAUGAUGGCAGUAGAAAGAGAAGCAGAACAAUCUAGAGAUGGCCUAGUAGUCGUUGUGGUAGAUUUGAAAGAAACUAUUGAGAGUUUGAAAGAAGAAAAAGAUGCCCUAACUGAAAAAGUUGCUAACUUAGAACUUGAGAGAGAUGAUCUAGUAGUAGUGGUGGUUGAUUUGAAGGAAACUAUUGAGAGUCUUGAAAAAGAAAAAGAUGUCUUGAUCAAAAGAGUUGCUAGCAUAGAGCAUGAGAGAGAUGAUUUAUUAGUAGUAGUUGUAGAUCUGAAGGAUACAAUUGAGGAACUAAAAGGAGAAGGUAGGCAUGAGAUUCUUCAAAAGGGAAAGGAAGUUGUGGAUGAAAUACAUCUUAGGCUUGAAGAUGAGAUAAAAUCGGUGAAAUCUAGUCUGUGUGCUGAACUUGAGAAUAACAAACAACUUCAGGAAGAACUAGGUAGAGUCAAGAGUGAUCUUGAAAAAUCACUCAAGUGGACCUGGUCCUCUGAUGUUAUCACUUCCAUGUACACAAACAAUGGGGGAAACAAGCAGGGAAUCGUAUUCCAAAAGGAAAAACUCCCUACAACCCUCAUAGCAAGUACGUUACUGUACCUGAAAAUUAGCUCUGCACUCAAUGUGGUAAAACUGGGCACUUUAAGGAAACCUAGAGCAGUGAAGGGGAGCAGCCAACAAUGGUAUAUGGAUAGUGACUGCUCAAAGAACAUGACUGGAAGUACAAACGAUUUUCUUUCACUGAAGGCCCUGCAAGGAGAGAGUGUAGCCUUUGGAAAUGGAAAAAAGGGAUACAUUCUGGGAGUUGGAAGGAUUGGCAAGUCACUCUCUCACUCCAUUGAAAAUGUGUACUAUGUCAAUGGUCUGAAGCACAGCCUGUUGAGUGUCUCUCAGAUAUACGACAAGGGAAACAAGGUGGAAUUUGUUUCAAAAAUAUGCACAGUCACAAAUCUUGUGACUGGUGAAGUGGUGUUAAUGGCCAAGAGAUACAAGAACAUCUAUAUUGCUGAUUUUGAGUCCCUGCAGAGUGGUGAUCUCAGUUGUCUAAGAGUUGUUGAUGAUGAUACCGAAUUAUGGCACAGAAGGCUGGGGCAUGCAAGCUUUUCACUAUUGAACAAACUAGUCCAGAAGGACCUGAUUCGUGGUCUGCCCAAGUCAAGCUUCAAGGAAUACAAGGUGUGUGAUGCGUGUGCAAAAGGAAAGCAUGGCAGAUCCUCUUUCAAGCCCAAAAAGGAAAUCCAAGUGAAGAUGGAAGGUAAUGUAGCUUGCAUCAGAUCUGACCAUGGGAAAGAAUUUGAUAAUGCCAAAUUCGAUGAAUUCUGUGUCGAAAAUGGCACUACUCAUAAUUUCUCAACUCCAAGAACACCACAACAAAAUAGUGUUGUAGAGAGGAAGAACAUGACUCUUAAAGAUAUGGCAAGAACAAUGCUAAUUGACAGUGGAAUUGCAAAAACAUUCUGGGCAGAAGCAGUCAACACCGCAUGCUACUUGAUAAACAUGUGCAUGAUCAGGUCCCUUCUAAACAAAACACCUGAUGAGUUGCUGAAUGGAAGAAUGCCCAAGCUAACGCAUUUGAGGACAUUUGGCUGCAAAUGUUUUGUUCUCAACAAUGGCAAGGAAGCGCUUGGAAAAUUUGAUGCCAAAAGUGAUGAAGGAAUCUUUCUGGGAUACUCGACCCAAAGCAAAGCUUACAAAGCAGACAUGAUGAGUCAUGUCAAGGAAUCCAGUAAAGAUGAUGCAACUACAUCUCCAUCCAUUGGAGAAGAACCUGGUCCCACAAACACAACAAUUGAAGCUGAAAACAUAGAUGUCGAUGCAGUCCAAGGUACUCCACUUGUAGAAAUAAGAAGCAAUCAAGAACAUCAGUCAGACAUACUUGGGUCUUCUACCAAUGAGGUUCAGGUACCAAAUUAG